AUGCGGGAAGAGGAAGGACAACCACCACGUGUUAUGAACAUGGUUAUCGAUGAACUGUGCAUUCUCAAUGAAGUGGAAGUGGCAGUUGAUGGAAUUCCGGUUGCACUUUCUUACCUCUGGGAAUCUGAAAGCAUUUGUGUCAUCUAUGAAGAUGGAGAUAUAUGGACCGUUGCAGUUUCAGAUUGGAAAGUUGAAUGCGUUGGAUCAGUCAAUGGAGGCAUCAGGGCUGCAGCAUGGAGCCCAGACCAGGAACUCUUGGUUGUGGUAUCAGGGGAAGGCAUACUUUCCAUUCUUACAAGGGACUUUGACCUUCUCCGAGAAAUCUCCCUCCAGCAGGAUGAUUUUGGAGCCCAAAAGCCCAUCAGUGUUGGGUGGGGAUCAAAACAGACUCAGUUUCAUGGGAGUGAGGGUAAGGCAGCUGCACUGAAAACUCCACAAGUAAAAAAUCCUUGCAUUCUUACAUGGGAUGAUGAGAAAAUACGCAUUUCCUGGAGGGGCGAUGGGCAACUGUUGGUCAUAUCGUCUGUUCAUCCUUCUUUGCGUGUGAGACAGCUUCGGAUUUUUGAUCGUGAGGGUUCUCUUCAAUAUACCAGUGAACCUGUUGAAGGUCUAGGUCAUCAGCUGAGCUGGCAGCCAAGUGGAGGCCUCAUUGCCACCACUCAAAAGCUUCCCAACAAGUAUCAGGUUGCCUUCUUUGAAAAAAAUGGCUUGAGGCAUGGAGAAUUUUCUCUCCAGUAUCCUGAGCACAAGGUGGAAGAGGUAGCAUGGGAUGAAAGUUCCUCCAUUCUUUCAGUUCUCCUGGAAUAUGACUCAGAGCAGAAAGAACAAUGGCUUCAGUUCUACACCAGAGGAAAUUAUCAUUGGUACCUGAAACAGGAACUGAGAAUGUCACAUUCCUCCUCAGUCUUGUUUCUUGGCUGGGAUUCCCAUCUCCCUCUCACUCUCAUUGUUUUGGGUGAGGAUUUCUACAAGGAGAUUGCUUUUGCAUGGGCAACUCAUUCCAGCCCACUUACUUCAGACAGCCAUGCAUUUACAGCUGUAAUUGAUGGGCAGAAUUCAUUGAUGACUCCCUUUCGAGAUGUCAUCAUUCCUCCUCCCAUGAGUGCAUAUAAGCUUGAGAGUCCAACUCCCAUUUCUGCUGUUGCAUUCCCAUCCUUUGCAUUAUGCCCCUCAUCAGAUGACAUUUGGAUUUUCUCUGUUGAUGGUUCUGCCAUCCUUCAUGCCAUAGAGGAGAAACAAACAGAUGAGGUUGUUGGGCGUUUGGAGUGUAGGCACCAAGAGAAACUUCGGGUGAGGAUUUCCGUGGAAGACUCCCCAGAAGGGAUGCCAAGAUGCUUAAGCUUGUACUGGAAGUGGAUGUGGGUGGCUCCAGACACAUUCUUGUGUCUCACAAUUCGGUGCACCCUCUGUCUUUGGAAGCUGAGUGAGGGUACCCUCCAUCUCAGGGAAUGGAUGAGGCUGAAGGAUGAGGUCAUGUGCAUGGGAAUAAGUAAAGUGAUGGGAUUUGUCAUCCUCCAACUGCAAGAUGAGUCUUUGCACCAAGUGUCCUGGGGGGAGGGAUUGACAAUCUCUCAGGCAGUUCCAUUCACUUCAUCUUUGCCUCCUGGGGCUCACACAAAUCAGUUGGAGGUUUGGGAGAGCAAGGAUUCUAGUGACUGGCACUUGUUCAGUGUCACAGAUCGUGGCCAUCUGCUCUUAGAUGGGAAGAAGAUUUUAGGGAAUGUGACUUCAUUUCUCCUCGGCUUCCAUGCAUUUCUGGCUACAACCACCGAUCAUCAACUCAUUGUCUGUUUCUUCUAUGAGUCACCAGAUCUUACUAUCAAGGCAGAGGAUCCUCUGAAGAGAAACAUUGAACGUGGUUCUCGUCUAGUCACAUGGGUACUAGAUGAGACACUUGUUGUGCUUCAAACACCCCGAGGGAAUCUAGAAGUCAUUCAUCCAAGACCCUUAGUUCUACGGAGGAUAACACAUCUCUUGGAAAAGGAACAAGUUGAAUACAGAGAGAGUAUGCAGCUGUUGAGACGAAAUCGAGUCAACUGCAAUCUCUUGUGUGAUCAUGAUCCUAAGCGGUUCUUGGCCUCAGUUCCUGCUUUCAUCCAAACACUUGAACCAAGUCUUCUUGUCUUGUUUCUCUCUGAUCUUGUAGAGGAGAUUGUGGUGGAAACCAUGUAUAAGGACUACUAUGACCUGGAUCAUGUGGAAAGAGCUAGCACAUGGUCUGAUAUUUUGAAGGCUAAGGAAACUAAAGUUGAUCGAAUCUGUGAUGCCUUGUGUAGAGCUAUGGAAUCCCAGUUAGAAGGAAAGCCAGAUCUCCUUCAUCCACUUUUAUUGACUCAUGCUCGAAAAUCCACACCUGACUGGGAAGGAGCUCUCCGCCGCAUUCAACAUCUGCGCCAUAUUGGAGAAGAGAAGAGAGGGGAAGAAGCACUCAAGUUUCUCUUGUACUACGUGGAUGUGGAUGAGUUAUUUGAUGUCUCCCUUGGAACAUAUGAUUUUGAUCUUGUUCUCCUUGUGGCUGCUCACUCCAACAAGGAUCCCAAAGAAUACAUCCCAUUCCUGAACCAGCUGAGGAUUCUGCAACCUCAGGCAUUUCGUCAAUAUUCCAUUGACAUUCACCUCCGGCGUUGGAACAAGGCCCUAAAAAACAUUUCCCAAUGUGGAGAAGAAUUCUUUCCGGCUUGCUUGGAAUUGAUUCGUGAGAAGACAUUGUAUCGACAUGCUUUGCAUCUCUUUCCUUCUGGCUCUGCUUCAUAUCGGAGUGUUUGUGAAGCAUAUGGUGAAUACCUGGAGAAAAAAGGAGCCUGGAAAGAGGCUGGCAUUCUCUAUUCCCUUGCUUUCACCCCUGACAAAGCAGUGAAGAUGUAUCAAAAGGUCUUGGAUUGGCGAAGCACUUAUCAAGCUGCCAUGAUUGCUGGCUUCCAGGGGGAUCAAAUGAAAGAUCUGGGAGAAAGCUUGGGACUUUCCUUGAGACAUUCUUCACGCUUCAAGGAUGCAGGAGAUGCCCUGCUGCACUUUUGUGGGUCUGAAGGCAUUGACCUCUCAGUUGAUGCUUAUCUUCUGGGUGGUCACUUCUCUCAUGCUAUCCAGAUUCUUGCAGAACAUGGAAAGGAAGAAUGGAUGGAGACAAAGGUGAAGAAGGUAGCAUUGGAAUUGCAUAAGGAAUGCAUCAUUUUAAUCCAAAGAAAAGAGAAAUCAUUUCAGGACCAUCUAGAUCGUCUCACCCUCGUCCGUCGUGUGAAGGCCGAGAGACUUGAUAAGGAAGAGAGUGUUCCUGAUGGUGAUCUGUAUUCUGAUGCCAGUAGCACAGUGUCUGGGUCCACUUCAUCUGCACAGACAUUCCGAUCGAUGAAAAGUCAACGAAAGUUGGAGAGGAAGAAGUACACCCUGAAGGAAGGAAGUGCUAAUGAAGAUCUUGGUAUCAUUGUUGCCCUACAUGACCUCAUCCGAUCCACUGAUGCUCUUUGUGAUGAGGUGCAUGAGAUCCUGGAAACACUGGUCCUAUUUGGAGAACUGGAGAAGGCAGAAUUGCUUCAGAAUACCUUUAGAGUGCUUUUAAAGAAGAUGGAGAAGGGGUCAGUUGUUAUUUGGCCUCAGAUGAUAGGAAUCCUUUCUAAUCGGGGAUUUGGACCAGAUGUAACCACAGAAGAAGCUGUUCGAAUUGCAUCUGGUCCUACUGGCCACCCUUCUGAUGCAGUCCGUCUUUAUGAACUUGAACCACAGUUCCGGUUCCCACCUGUGAUAAGAAAGGAAUCUUCCUGGAAACUUCACAUUCUUGAAUGCUCCAAUGAAGGCUCUGCUGAGACAUAGAAUGAUCUUGCAUUGCGAUAUGGUUUUUAAAUAAUUAAAAAAGGUG